GCAGACAUAACACCAAGAAAGAAGUAAAUUUUGGGUUAUGAAAUCUGUGUAUAAAUAUUUAUUUUUUAGGAAAGUGUAAAAAAAUAAUAUAAAAGAUAUAAGAUGCAACAAAGAGAAGAAAAACAACUCGAGUCGGCUUUAGAUUCAAUUAUUCAAAGAGUAAAUGAUUUAAAACAAUCAAUAGCAUCAAUGAUAUUUAAAAUAGAAAACGAAUAUGAAUCUAUAACUUGGCCCACUUUUUUGGACAAUUAUGCCUUAAUAUCAGGUCAGCUUACUUCUCUCUCAAAAGUAUUGAGUCAUGAUAAAUGUCCUGUUUUGAGAAAUUUAACAGUCUUACCAUUAAUGUUAUCUCCUGAAAGAGAUGAGCAACUAGCACAAAUGACAGAACAUAGAGUAACAACAUUUGCUCAUGAUUUAUGUCCAGAUUAUCUCAGAACUAAACUAGAACCAAUGGCAGAGAGUAAGAUGAUGCAAUUGGAAACGAAAGCAUUAGGUUUGCAGUAUGAUAAUGCACAAAAACAAAUUGCAACAUAUCAGAAAGUUAUUUCUCAUGUUUGGGACAUUGUCAGUAAAGCUCGUGAAGAAUGGGAAACUGAAUCAUCUUCACGGGGUAAUACUCAACAAAAUUCUAGUGUGGCUGAUACACAUCUUUUAGUUGCUGCAGUGGGAAUGGGCAAAGGACUUAAGAUGGGUCCAAAUCCAAAUGGCCAGUCAAACCCUACAUCUGGAGGAAUGAUGGUAACUCCACAAGGUAGACCUGGAGGACCACCAGGUCAAGGACAGAUGCCUCCUACUACACAAGCUAUGACUAUGAACAAAGCUCCCUCUGCUAUAAAGACAAACAUAAAGAGCGCAGCUCAGAUGCAUCCAUAUGGAAGAUAAAAUUGGCAUAAUAUUUUUUAAAGGAAACAAUUUGUGGAAAACAUCAAUUUCUAGAGAGAUUUGACUGAUUUUGAUGUACUUUUUGGAUGUACUGAUGUCUUGUAAGAAAUAUUUUAUUGUUAAAUUAUAAUGUACUUGAAGAACGAAAUAUCCAAAUGAAUAAAAUUAUUAAAUGUACCUAAUUCAUAAAUGAGUUAAAAAAAUGUCUUGAAAUUAUUUAUUGAUAAUAAAAAGAAAAGCAAGUAUUGUUUUCAUAAAGUACAAACAGAUUCAACCUUAAAAGUGCUUCAGAAACCACCCCAACUGCAACCCCUGAAAUUAAAUAUUUUCCUGUUGCUUGUAGAAAGAAGAACCCUCGCUA